AAAAAUCAUCUCUUUAGCCAUUUUUUCAGCAGCCAUUUUCUCAGAAGCCGUUGUGUUCUGUAUUGCCGCCACCAUCCAUCAACCAUGUGUGGGAUUCUCGCUGUCCUAGGCUGCGUCGAUAACUCUCAAGCCACACGUUCUCGUAUCAUCAAGCUCUCUCGCAGAUUGAGGCAUAGAGGUCCUGAUUGGAGCGGGCUCCAUUGUUAUGAGGAUUGUUACUUGGCUCAUGAGCGUUUGGCCAUCAUGGACCCCAUUUCUGGAGACCAACCUCUCUACAGCGAAGAUAAGACCGUCGUUGUCACGGUGAAUGGAGAGAUAUACAACCACAAGGCUUUGCGUGAAAGUGAAAGUCUGAAGUCUCACAAGUACCAUACUGGGAGUGAUUGUGAAGUGCUUGCCCAUCUUUAUGAAGAACAUGGAGAGGAAUUUAUCAACAUGUUGGACGGCAUGUUUGCAUUUGUCCUUCUUGAUACUAAGGACAAAAGUUAUAUCGCUGUAAGGGAUGCCAUUGGUGUCAUCCCACUCUACAUUGGCUGGGGUCUCGAUGGUUCUGUCUGGUUUGCUUCUGAGAUGAAAGCACUUAGUGAUGAUUGUGAACAGUUUAUGGCUUUCCCACCAGGCCACAUCUAUUCCAGUAAACAAGGUGGUCUUAGGAGGUGGUACAACCCUCCAUGGUUCUCUGAGCUGGUUCCUUCAACCCCUUAUGAUCCUUUAGUAUUGCGCGAUACUUUCGAGAAGGCUGUGAUAAAGAGACUAAUGACCGAUGUGCCUUUUGGUGUCCUACUCUCUGGAGGACUAGACUCAUCCCUUGUUGCUUCAGUGGCUAUACGCCAUUUGGAAAAGUCAGAUGCUCGUCAGUGGGGUUCAAAGCUGCACACGUUUUGCAUUGGUUUAAAGGGAUCUCCGGAUCUUAAAGCUGGUAAAGAAGUUGCUGACUAUCUAGGAACUCGCCACCACGAGCUCCACUUUACAGUUCAGGAAGGGAUAGACGCCAUAGAAGAAGUUAUAUACCAUGUUGAGACCUAUGACGUGACUACCAUAAGAGCAAGCACUCCCAUGUUUCUCAUGUCGAGAAAAAUCAAAUCGCUUGGUGUGAAGAUGGUUCUCUCUGGUGAAGGCUCUGAUGAGAUCUUUGGAGGCUAUUUGUACUUCCACAAAGCACCUAACAAGAAGGAGUUACACGAGGAAACAUGCCGAAAGAUCAAAGCGCUUUAUCAAUAUGAUUGCUUGAGGGCUAACAAAUCAACUUCUGCGUGGGGUGUUGAGGCUCGUGUGCCUUUCCUUGAUAAAGCGUUUCUAGAUGUAGCAAUGGGCAUUGAUCCAGAGUGGAAGAUGAUCAGGCCUGACUUGGGAAGGAUUGAGAAAUGGGUGUUACGCAAUGCCUUUGAUGAUGAGAAGAACCCUUAUCUACCAAAGCACAUUCUGUACAGGCAGAAGGAACAGUUCAGUGAUGGAGUUGGAUACAGCUGGAUUGACGGUCUGAAAGAUCAUGCAAACAAACAUGUCUCUGACGCAAUGCUGACAAACGCAAACUUUGUCUUCCCGGAUAACACACCUGUGACAAAGGAAGCUUACUACUACAGAGCCAUCUUUGAAAAGUUCUUCCCUAAGAGUGCUGCUAGAGCUACUGUACCAGGAGGUCCAAGUGUAGCAUGUAGUACCGCAAAAGCUGUGGAGUGGGACGCAGCUUGGAAAGGGAACCUUGACCCGUCGGGUCGUGCGGCUCUUGGAGUUCAUGUUGCAGCUUAUGAAGGAGAUAAGGCUGAAGAUACUCGUCCUGAGAAGGUACAGAAGCUGGCAGAGAAAACUGCAGAAGCCAUUGCUUAAGGAUGAAACGAAUGUUUGAGUCGUGCAUUUCUUUUAUUUUCUCAUAAGACAAUACGUUAUUAUCAUCUUCCGUAGGAUCAAUAAGUACAAUAAGUUUUCUCUCUUUUAACUGAAUUGAGGUGGGAGUGUCUGAGGUUGUACCUAAGUUGCUGGUGAUUUUCUGGUUCUUUCAUUUGUCACAAAGUUUCAGCGUUUCUUUUAUGUAUGAUGUAUCGUUCAACUUUGUUAA